AUGAACCCUUCAGAAACAAUGAAUCAUCUUAGAAAAAAGCUUCCUCUACCAAUCAUUAUCACCACCAUUUGUAUUCUUCUCUUCACAAUUGUUUUGUAUGCUGAGAGGCUCAGUUUCCUUUCUUCAUCUUCUAUUUUCAAGUUCAAAACAUGUCCGAGAAAACACACCAAAUCGAAAUCGUAUGAUAGAAGAAUAGAAGAUGUGGUUAUUAAUGGAACAUGGAUUGAUGAUAGGUUUGAUUUUGAUCCGGAAGAAUGCAAUGUUGCUAAUGGAAAAUGGAUAUUUAACCAUUCUAUAAAACCUUUGUAUUCUGAUAUGAGUUGUCCAUAUAUAGAUAAACAAUUUUCUUGUGUCAAGAAUGGAAGGAAUGAUUCUCAUUAUCUUCAUUGGGAAUGGCAGCCAGAAGAUUGUACCUUGCCUCGAUUUAAUCCAGAGAUAGCACUCAAAAAACUUCAAGGAAAAAGGCUUCUAUUUGUAGGAGAUUCACUUCAAAGAAAUCAAUGGGAAUCUUUUGUUUGUUUGGUUCAAGGUAUUAUACCCGAAAAGAAAAAGUCGAUGAAACGAGGGCGAGUUCAUUCUGUUUUCAAGGCCAAGGAAUAUAAUGCUAGCAUAGAAUUCUAUUGGGCACCAUUUCUUGUGGAGUCCAACACUGAUAUUAACAUAAUAGGAGAUCCAAAGAAGAGAAUAAUAAAAGUUGAUGAAAUCAUUGAACGUGCCAAAAAUUGGACAGGAGUUGAUAUUCUUGUUUUCAAUUCCUAUGUUUGGUGGAUGAGUGGUCUUAGAAUUAAGGCAUUGUGGGGUUCAUUUAGCAAUGGAGAAGAAGGGUAUGAGGAAUUGGAUACAUCAAUUGCUUACAACUUAGGUUUGAGAACUUGGGCUAAUUGGGUGGACUCAACUAUCAAUCCAAACAAAACUAGAGUCUUCUUCACAACUAUGUCUCCUGCUCAUACAAAGAGUGUUGAUUGGGGAAACAAAGAUGGUAUAAAAUGUUUCAACGAAACAAAGCCAGUAAAAAAGAAGAAUCAUUGGGGAAGUGGUUCAAACAAAGGUAUGAUGAGUGUGGUAGCAAAAGUUAUCAAGACAAUGAAAGUUCCGGUAACUGUCAUUAACAUAACACAAAUCUCAGAGUACAGAAUUGAUGGACAUUCAUCGGUUUAUACAGAAACUGGUGGAAAAUUGUUAACUGAAGAUGAAAGGAGAAAUCCAUUAAAUGCUGAUUGCAUACAUUGGUGUUUGCCUGGUGUUCCAGAUACUUGGAAUCAAAUAUUUUUUGCGAUGUUGUGA